ACGACCCAGUCCCCUAAGCGUUCUCACCCCGUUUCUGGUUCCUCUGGUCACAGCACAAAUUUCCAGCUGGAAGGGGAAUGGAGACUAUGGGACCUAGGAGCAAGAGGUUCCAGGCUGCCUCACUCCCUUACAGAUGUUGACGUUAAAAGAGUAUUGGCAGAAAAACAGCCCUAGAGUUCCAGCAGGAGCGAACAGGAACAGGAAAACAAAUGGCAGUAUCCCUGAGAUAGCCACUUCUGGUGGUUGCCAGUCACCUGGGGAUUCAGCAACAGGUUUCCACAGGGAAGGCCCUACAUCAUCUGCUACCCUGAAAGAUCUGGAGAGCCCUUGCCAAGAACCAGCAGUAGUCCUGGAUUCAAGGUCCGUAGAAAUCGGUCAACUGAAGAACACCAUCAAAUCUUUGAAACAACAGAAGAAACAAGUGGAACAUCAGCUGGAAGAAGAAAAGAAAGCAAACAACAAGAAACAGAAAGCCAAAAGGGAGCUAGAGGUUCAAAUCCAGACAUUGAACAUACAGAAAGAGGAACUAAAUACGGACCUGUGCCACAUGAAACGUUCUCUCAGAUACUUUGAAGAAAAGUCCAAGGAUCUGGCUGUCCGCCUGCAACAUUCAUUGCAGCGUAAAGGAGAGUUAGAGAGUGUUCUCUCUGAUGCCAUGGCCACACAGAAGAAGAAGGCAAACCAGUUGUCCGGCCCCAGUAAAGCACGUAUGGAGUGGAAGUUAGAGCAGUCCAUGUGGGAGGAGGCACUGCUGAAAGCGCAGCUGACACAGUUGAAGGAGUCAUUUCAACAACUCCAAUUAGAAAGACAUGAGUAUGCUGAACAUCUAAAAGGAGAGAGGGCCCGGUGGCAGCAGAGGAUGAGAAAAAUGUCGCAGGAGAUUUGCACAUUAAAGAAAGAGAAGCAGCAAGAUAUGCGUCGGGUAGAGAAGCUGGAGAGGAGCUUGUCCAAACUCAAAAACCAGACGGCUGAACCCUUGCCCCCGGAGCCCCCAGCAGUGCCCUCUGAGGUGGAGCUGCAGCACCUGAGGAAGGAACUAGAGAGAGUGGCAGGAGAGCUCCAGGCCCAGGUCAAAAACAAUCAGCACAUAAGUCUCCUGAACCGGCGACAAGAAGAGAGGAUUCGGGAGCAGGAAGACAGGCUUCGGAAGCAGGAGGAGAGGCUUCAGGAGCAGCACGAGAAGCUUCAGCAGCUGGCCAAGCCACAGAGCGUCUUCGAGGAGCCGAACAAUGAGAACAAGAGCGCACUGCAGUUGGAGCAGCAAGUAAAGGAGCUACAGGAGAAGCUUGGUGAGGAGCACCUGGAAGCGGCCAGCCAGCAGAACCAGCAGCUAACAGCCCAGCCUAGCCUCAUGGCUCUCCCUGGGGAAGGACACGGAAGAGAACAUCUGGCCAGUGAGGGGGAGGAGGCACCUCAGCCCAUGCCGAGUGUCCCAGAGGACCUGGAGAGCAGGGAGGCCAUGAGCAGCUUUAUGGACCACCUGGAGGAGAAGGCAGACCUGAGUAAGCUGGUGAAGAAAAAAGAACUUUGCUUCAUCCGCCACUGGCGAGAGAGAUGCCAUCAGAAAAUCCAUCACCUUUUAUCAGAACCAGGGGGCCGUGCUAAAGAUGCGGCACUGGGAGGAGGACACCAUCAGGCUGGAGCUCAGGGAGGAGAUGACGGUGAAGCUGCUGCAGCUGCAGCAGAUGGUAUUGCGGCUUACAGCAACUACAACAAUGGGCACAGAAAAUUCCUGGCCGCUGCCCACAACCCUGCUGAUGAGCCCAGUCUAGGAGCCCCAGCCGCCCAUGAGCUUGGGGCUGCAGACAAGCAUGGUGAUCUUUGUGAGGUGAGCCUCACCUCCUCUGCCCAAGGAGAGGCCAGGGAGGAUCCUCUCCUUGACAAGCCUACUGCACAGCCCAUCGUGCAGGACCACCAGGAGCACCCAGGCUUGGGCAGCAACUGCUGUGUGCCAUUCUUUCGCUGGGCUUGGCUGCCAAGAAGAAGGAGAUAAACAUCACCAUCAUCAAAGAGCUGCUCAAGAAAUUUUUAAAUAAGAAACCAAGUUAUGGGGUUAAUCUCCUACAGAAUUCAUUUACUUCCUUUGAAUGUUAGAGUCACUCAUGAUUAUUUGUGUUUCUAAUUUAUAGUUUAAGUUUAUUUGUAAAAAGUUAAAAGACAGUGGGUGUCUGUGCCUCUCACUGAUGUUCACUCUGGCAUCCUUUAGCAUUUUUCUUUUUUAAUUUCAUAAUUGUAGGUCAUUAGCAUGCAUAUCGAGUUCGCCCUUACGUGGUGGGAGUUCAAACACACAAAGACCCACUCUUUGCCCAAAACUGUUCUCUUUGGUUUGGAAUAGGCUGCCAUGCUUUUUUAAUGUUAUUGCAGCAUGUAUAUUCACUACAGAAUUCAGACAAAAUUUGCCUAUGUUCUGCUGUUGUUUGAUCUAAUCUUAAUCACAGUGAGCUCUUCGUUAGCUCAAUAUGUAGUUUGCCCCCAAGUGUGCACUGUUUAUUACUUUGUAAUAUGCCACUAUGAGUACUGACAUUUAGAGUUGUUUAAAGGCCAAGAACUGGAAACAGCCUUUCCUCCAUUUUCUGUGUAUUGGUGAUGGGAGUGAUAACCUUUUGGGGGAGCUUUUUAAAUCUCACAAAAGAGGAAAGUGGCCUCCUCUGGCAGGUACGUGCAGGAUAGUGUGUUUCAUCUGUUCCGGUGCCAGGAAUUAGCGGUGUAUUAUGGUGGUUCCCUUAGGAUUUGUAUGUGCUCUGGGCUCAUGAAGAUACUGCAUCAUGAGCUGCAGCAGUUGCACUCUUUUUCGAUGACCUAAAAAGGGCUUAUUUCUGAGGAAUGAAAGGUUCCCAUCGUUGACUGUGGAUGUGGAAAAGCUUUCCUAGCUUAGAGCUUUUGUAUCUACAAUACAUUUUAAAGUCAGAGUUCGUGUUACCUGUUUUAAUCACAUGACUACAUGUCCCAGUACACAAAAGGGCACUGGUUGGCAUUCUUCUUAAUGUAUUUAGUGAAGAUCAUAAGAAAUCCUUUACGAGUUCAAACGUCCCUGGAACAGGCAUACAGGCUCUAGUCAAGAAUGAAUUAGAGUGAAGGAAAGCUGUGUGACACCUGGCAUUCCUCUCUGUUCACGGAGAUUCUUUGAGGCUUGAAGAUUGAUUUUACCAUCUAGACCUCUUUGGCUAAUACAUAUUCUUCAACCACCUUGGUUACUCUGACAUAGGAAUUUACUUCUUUUUCCUUGAAUGGAAAACACUUUAAAAAAUAAUAGAAACAUUAUUAUAAACUAAUAUAUGUGAGAUAGUUG